AUGGCCCCUCCAAUCUACGUUAAAGGAGGGCAGUGGACGAACGUCGAGGACCAGAUUCUUCGAGCUGCCGUCUCAAAAUACGGCCUCACACAAUGGGCUCGAGUGGCCUCGUUACUACCGAAGAAAACAGCCAGACAAGCCAAGGCUCGAUGGAAUGAGUACCUUAACCCUAGUAUUAAAAGAGACGAAUGGAGCCUUGAAGAAGAUGAAAAAUUGUUAAGCUUAGCCAAGCUCAUGCCUAAUCAGUGGAGAAGUAUCUCCCCUGUAAUGGGCCGUACUCCAACUCAAUGUGUGGAGAGAUAUCAGUAUCUCUUGGAUAGAGCGAUGGGAGGAGGAGCCGAGGAAGAAGAAGAUGAUAACGAAGAUCUUAAAUUGUCAGGCCCGGGGAUUGAGACUCUACCUGCUUUGGGUAACGCUUUUGAGAGUUUACCUUCACGGCCAGAUAUGGAGGAUAUGGAUGAAGACGAACAAGAGAUGUUGAGUGAGGCCAAGGCAAGAUUGGCGAAUACGGUGGGUAAAAAGGCUAAAAGAAAGGAGCGUGAACGUAUGCUUCAAGAGAACCGCCGAAUUACUUUACUUGAAAAACGUAGAGAUCUUAAAGCUGCUGGUGUGAGAAUGAGUCUUGAGCUGAAGAACAAGAAGAAGAGAAACGAGUUUGAUUAUAACACUGAUAUUCCACAUGAACAUGCUCCGCCUCCUGGUUUAUAUGAUACAGCUGAAGAAGACUCUGUUAAUGAUAGAGAGCGUUUGAGCUUUCAAGAGAGAGUCAAGUUCAAGGGCGUUGAACCUAAAGAAGAAAAGCAAAAGAAGAAAGUUGUGGAUACCACGAAAAAGGACAACAAAAGGUCGAGACAGGAGAUCUCUGAUGCUGCAAAGCUUUUCUCUGAUGCUGCCGAUCAAGAUAUCAAAAGAAGAAAGCUUGAUCUACCGGCACCAGGCACAACCGAAAGCGAGACUCAACAAAUCAACGAGCGUAUCUCGAAUGCUACUCAAGAGAUUCUACGUUCCAAAGAUAAGCUGGCGGCGCCGGUUUCAAGACGAACCUCUGAAUCACAACCUAUUCAAAAAUCAUCUGUUCGGAAGCUUCAAGAGUUUAUCAAGUCUAUGUUCUCUACGGUUCCAGCUCCAAAGAACGAAAUUGCAUUAAAGCUUCCUCCAUUGGCAGAUAUCAGUGCAUUGGCUAAUGAGGUACCUCUGGACGAAGAGGAUGCCCCGCUUGCCGGUCCUCCAGUGGAACUGAAAGAGCAAUUGACACCCUACAAAACGCUGGUAGCUAUCCGUGGACUAACUGUUCCCAACCCACGCCAACUUAAAGCUGUUCCAGAAGAAUUUCUGGAGAUCGAAAAAUCCAUUGCUCAGGAAUUCCAGAGUCUCAUCAAGUCUGACUACAAACAACUUGUUGAUGAACAGUUCAAGGCCGACGCAAUCAAUUCACUUAGUGACGAUAUUAAUGACAUGGUGCAAGAGCGUAUAGCUGAAGAGCUUACGCAGGGCACACCAGAAGAGUUACCUAUUGGCCAGUACGUCCUACCCAAGUCCAAGGAAGCGACCGAGGAAGCACUCAAAUUGCUUGAUUCGCUUCAUGAGGCAGCCAACAACAUGGAUGAACAAAUCAAAGAGAGUUCCAAACAGUAUGACCAGUCAUUGAGCGAGAAGUACAACAAGAUAUUCUCCCUCGCCCAAGAACUCACCGAAGAAACCAACAACGAAGCUCUCUUCACAAAAAUAGCCUCUUUGGAACUAGAAGCCAUCGGAGAAAGAUCAUACAAUCUCCAUGAACUAGUUGAACUGGUUGAAUUGGCUGCCUCUGAAACCCGCAUAAACUAG